AUGGGGGAUAACCCGGACCAACUUUAUCGUUUGGAUGGAGUCACUCAUAUAGCUGGUGUCAUCAAUGAAGAGCCCUAUCGAUGUAUCAUGAGCAUGCGACGGCAGCAGGGUAUGCGCCUAGACGAGAGGAUUGUUCUGUACUUGCAAAUAGCCCGUUUAUACCAUCUUGCGAGGCUGAACGAGAUUUGGUUUAGGUUGAAUGAGCCAAUUGUUAGUGCGUUCGUGGAGCGAUGGCGUCAGGAGAUGCACACGUUUCAUAUGUCGUUCAAAGAGUGCACGAUUACACUGCAGGACGUGGCGUACCAGUUAGGGCUGCCGAUCGAUAGACAUCAUGUCAGUGGUUGCCUGACAGAUUUUGAGACGUACAUUGAGGGUGGUCGCCUAGCUUGGGCGUGGUUCGAGGAGCUGUUGGGUGUAUUGCUUCCUGCGAACUGCAUCCACAAGUUCGCAGUGAAAUACAGUUGGUUCCCGUAG